GAGGAGCGCGUCCUCUUCCACUACAAUGGACACGGGGUCCCCCGACCCACCGUCAAUGGAGAGAUCUGGGUGUUCAACAAGGUGAGAGGCACACACACACACACACACACACGUCCAAUGAUGACUUCCACUUCUGCCUCUACAGUCAUAGACUCACAAAUAAAGUCUGAUCGUUGAAUAAACACACACACACUAACAGGGUCCAUUGGGUCCACUGAUAAUAGAUUAAAACAAGUUAUCCCACACACACACCCACACCAACAAAAAUAGUUAUUACAGAAAUACAUUCUUUUUUGGGACAUCUCACACAAUGAAACACCCACUCUAAAUGACACACGACUCCUGUCUUGGUUUGGGCACUGCCUCUCCCCAGUACACCCCAGAGCCUCUCCUCCUCUCCUCUCCUCUUCCUCUCUUUAUUCCCCUUAAAGAUGAGUCCUAUAAAACCAGCCCUGCUGCCUACUGUCUGCUACGGCGUGCCAAGGCACCAUUGAUCCCUCUGGUCCAACUCCUAAAAACACCACCACAAAGUAUCUCCCAGUACAGUAGUCAGAAACAGCACCAGGACAUUCAUUGCUUCCCCUCAUCCAAUCCAAAAAGUGAAUUGGGAAGCAGCCGUGCAGUUAAAACCAUAUCUCCCCCUCUUCCUUUCAUUAUUGGUAAUGAAAGAGGAUAGAAGCAUUUGGCAACAUCUUAAACACAUUUUGGACAAGGAUUUUUAAAAUAAAUUGCUGGUAGAAUGAACUAGUAGUACAGAGAAGAUUUCUAUUUACUACUUUUAUGCUGGAUUGUAGGUGGCUAUAACAUGUCAUCUAAUGUUGUGUAUCAACACGUGUAAUAACCCCCCAUCCUGUCUGUCUGUCCUGUAGAACUAUACCCAGUACAUCCCUCUGUCUGUGUACGACCUCCAGACGUGGAUGGGCAGCCCCUCCAUCUUCGUUUACGACUGCUCCAACGCAGGCAUCAUCGUCAAGUCUUUCAAACAGUUCGCCCUGCAGAGAGAGCAGGAGCUGGAGGUGGGUGGCAGAGAGAGAUAUACAGUGCAUUCGGAAAGUAUUCAGAGGCCUUGACGUUUUCCACAUUUUGUGACGUUACAGCCUUAUUCUGAAAUUGAUUUUUUUAUUUUUAAAUCCUCAUCAAUCUACACACAAUACCCCAUAAUGACAAAGCGAAAUGACAAAGGUUUUUAGAAAUCUUUGCAAAUGUAUAGAAAAAACAAAACGUAUUUACAUAAGUAUUCAGAACCUUUGCUAUGAGACUCAAAAUUGAGCUCAGGUGCAUCCUGUUUCCAUUGAUCAUCCUUGAGAGGUUUCUACAACUUGAUUGGAGUCCACCUGUGGUAAAUUCAAUUGAUUGGACAUGAUUUGGAAAGGCACACACCUGUAUAUAUAAGGUCCCACAUUUGACAGUGCAUGUCAGAGCAAAAACUAAGCCAUGAGGUCGAAGGAAUUGUCCGUAGAGCUCCGAGACAGGAUGGCACGAGGCACAGAUCUGGGGAAGGGUACCAAAACAUUUCUGCAGCAUUGAAGGUCCCCAAGAACACAGUGGCCUCCAUCUUAAAUGGAAGAAGUUUGGAACCACCAAGACUCUUCCUAGAGCUGGCCGUCCGGCCAAACUGAGCAAUCGGGGGAGAAGGGCCUUGGUCAGGGAUGUGACCAAGAACCCAAUGGUCACUCUGACAGAGAGAAACCAAGAUUGAAUUCUUUGGCCUGAAUGCCAAGCAAUACGUCUGGAGGAAACCUGGCACCAUCCCUACGGUGAAGCAUGGUGGUGGCAGCAUCAUGCUGUGGGGAUGUUUUUCAGCGGCAGGGACUGGGACUAGUCAGGAUCAAGGGAAAGAUGAACUGAGCAAAGUACAGAGAGAUCCUUGAUGAAAACCUGCUCAGGACCUCAGACUGGGGCGAAGGUUCACCUUCCAACAAGACAACGACCCUAAGCACACAGCGAAGGCAAUGCAGGAGUGGCUUCGGGACAAUUAUCUGAAUGUCCUUGAUUGGCCCAGCGAGAGGCCGGACUUGAACCCGAUCGAACAUCUCUGGAGAGACCUGAAAAUAGCUGUGCAGCGACACCUCCCCAAUCCAACCUGACAGAGCCUGAGAGGCUCUGCAGAGAAGAAUGGGAGAAACUCCCCAAAUACAGGUGUGCCAAGCUUGUAGAGUCAUACCCAAGAAGACUCGAGGCUGUAAUCGCUGCUAAAGGUGCUUCAACAAAGUACUGAGUAAAGGGUCUGAAUACUUAUGUAAAUGUGAUAUUUCAUUUAAUUGUAUUUAUAAAUAAAAUAAAUAAAUAAACUGUUUUUGCUUUGUCAUUAUGCGGUAUUGUGUGUAGAUUUAGAAAAAACAACAAAUUAAUUUUAGAAUAAGGCUGUAAUGUAACAACAUUUGGAAAAAGUCAAGGGGUCUGAAUACUUUCCGAAUGCACUGUCCACACACACAGACGUAAACACACAGAGUUCCCCCAUACACACACAACCACUCCCGCAGCGAGACCAAGGGAUGUGUGUUUGUGUGUGUGUGUAUAAUGUGCGUUGAAUUCCGAAUGGCAAGCCAGCUAAAUCUUUUGAAUGAAAGAAGCAUUUCACAAUCUCCUCUCUCUGAUCCCAGCCAGCGAAUAGGCAGCUGGAGCUAAAUGAAUUAAUGAAAGUGUUUUGGUUUGGUUAGGAUCUCCCCCCCCCCAACCAUCCCGCCAACCCCUUUAUUCCACUGUUUCUUCUUACUGGCCGUGGCAUCUCAAGUGCAUUUAUAACACGCAGUUCAAUUAUUCAUGGAGGAGUUUGAACGCACUUCAGAUGAUUUGGAAUACAAUAGAGAGAAAAAGAGGGUGAGUGAGAAAAGGACAAGGAGAGAUGAUAUGUAGAGAAAGGGGGAGGAAGUGAGAAAGCGAGGUAGGGGAAAAGAGAAGUGGGAGAGGAAGGGAUGGCAGAGAGAGGCGAAGGAUGGAAAAAAGGUGUUACAAUGCAGUCUAGAGAGACUGAGAAAAAGACUGAGAGAGGAGAAUCGUCCUUCACCAUGCAGUCACGCUAAGUUCAAUACCAGCAACACAGCUUCUCUCCUCUCACCAUCCGUCCAUCCAGACUUCCUCUGCCCUACUCCCAGGCUGAGAUAGCAGGUGUCACGGCCCGAUAGAGGGAUGUAGAGAUGGAAAGACGGAGGAGAGGAGAGAAGGCCCAGCGGCCCAACAAUAACACGUGAUAGGCGGGAGAGAGAGGGAGCGGACAAGGAAGAGAGAAAAAGGGAGAGGAGGGAGGGAGAGAUGGCAACAGAGGUCUAGAGCCAGAGUGCCAGAGAGAGGAAGAAAGAGAGGGAUAGAGAGAGGAGCCUUCACUCCUCAGCUGUUAAGUGUUGGUGGAAUUGACCAAUCAGGGUUCUCUGUGGGUCACUAUGGGCUAAAGCUCUUAGUUCCAGCCAGCUGGAACUGUUGUGAAACACCACGCUUCCAUGCUAGCCUAGCUAUGCUCUCAAGUGGAAGGUUGUAGCCACUGUGCCAUAUAACAAUAUGGGCAAUGUGAUGCAAUGGAAUUGAAUGUGGCAUGACGUACAGUGGGGAGAACAAGUAUUUGAUACACUGCCAAUUUUGCAGGUUUUCCUACUUACAAAGCCUGUAGGGGUCUGUAAUUUUUAUCAUAGGUACACUUCAACUGUGAGAGAAGGAAUCUAAUAAAAAAAUCCAGAAAAUCACAUUGUAUGAUUUUUAAGUAAUUAAUUUGCAUUUUAUUGCAUGACAUAAGUAUUUGAUCACCUACCAACCAGUAAGAAUUCCGGCUCUCACAGACCUGUUAGUUUUUCUUUAAGAAGCCCUCCUGUUCUCCACUCAUUACCUGUAUUAACUGCACCUGUUUGAACUCGUUACCUGUAUAAAAGACACAUGUCCACACACUCAAUCAAACAGACUCCAACCUCUCCACAAUGGCCAAGACCAGAGAGCUGUGUAAGGACAUCAGGGAUAAAAUUGUUGGCCUGCACAAGGCUGGGAUGGGCUACAGGACAAUAGGCAAGCAGCUUGGUGAGAAGGCAACAACUGUUGGCGCAAUUAUUAGAAAAUGGAAGAAGUUCAAGAUGACGGUCAAUCACUCUCGGUCUGGGGCUCCAUGCAAGAUCUCACCUCGUGGGGCAUCAAUGAUCAUGAGGAAAGUGAGGGAUCAGCCCAUAACUACACGGCAGGACCUGGUCAAUGACCUGAAGAGAGCUGGGACCACAGUCUCAAAGAAAACCAUUAGUAACACACUACGCCGUCAUGGAUUAAAAUCCUGCAGCGCAGGCAAGGUCCCCCUGCUCAAGCCAGCGCAUGUCCAGGCCCGUCUGAAGUUUGCCAAUGACCAUUUGGAUGAUCCAGAGGAGGAAUGGGAAAAGGUAAUGUGGUCUGAUGAGACAAAAAUUGAGCUUUUUGGUCUAAACUCCACUCGCCGUGUUUGGAGGAAGAAGAAGGAUGAGUACAACCCCAAGAACACCAUCCCAACCGUGAAGCAUGGAGGUGGAAACAUCAUUCUUUGGGGAAGUUUUUCUGCAAAGGGGACAGGACGACUGCACCGUAUUGAGGGGAGGAUGGAUGGGGCCAUGUAUCGCAAGAUCUUGGCCAACAACCUCCUUCCCUCAGUAAGAGCAUUGAAGAUGGGUCGUGGCUGGGUCUUCCAGCAUGACAACGACCCGAAACACACAGCCAGGGCAACUAAGGAGUGGCUCCGUAAGAAGCAUCUCAAGGUUCUGGAGUGGCCUAGCCAGUCUCCAGACCUGAACCCAAUAGAAAAUCUUUGGAGGGAGCUGAAAGUCCGUAUUGCCCAGCGACAGCCCCGAAACCUGAAGGAUCUGGAGAAGGUCUGUAUGGAGGAGUGGGCCAAAGUCCCUUCUGCAGUGUGUGCAAACCUGGUCAAGACCUACAGGAAACGUAUGAUCUCUGUAAUUGCAAACAAAGGUUUCUGUACCAAAUAUUAAGUUCUGCUUUUCUGAUGUAUCAAAUACUUAUGUCAUGCAAUAAAACGCAAAUUAAUUCCUUAAAAAUCAUACAAUGUGACUUUCUGGAUUUUUGUUUUAGAUUCCGUCUCUCACAGUUGAAGUGUACCUAUGAUAACAAUUACAGACCUCUACAUGCUUUGUAAGUAGGAAAACCAGCAAAAUCGGCAGUGUAUCAAAUACUUGUUCUCACCACUGUAAGUAUGUGUCUUGGUCUUCAAUAAAAAUAAAAGUGACAUUGUGAACGAAUCUUAUUCAACAGCAAAGGGCAAAAGGCAAUAUGCUUUGUGUUUAGUGUUCAAGGCUGAUGUCUUCGGUCAGUUUGUAUUCAAAAUAUAUAGUUUUUCUGGGCCAGUUGGGUUACCACUCCAUUAGACCACACUGCUUUUAGCUUCCUAGCCCUCUGUGUUAGAACUAGGCCAAGUUACAUAACAUCAAUCAGCUGGCGGAAGGCAAAAUGGCUCCACUUUACACCUUAGUGAACCUCUCCCCCACCUGCACAGCAACAGGAAGAGAGGGAUGGGGAGGGGGAUGGAAAGAUGAAUGGUAGUUGGGAGGGAGAGGAAAGAGAGAGAGGGAUAGAUGAAAGAGGAAUAUUGAAAUAGGAUGGGGAGGGAGGUAGAGAAAGAGAGGAAGGAGAGAUAGAGGGAGGGAGGUAGUUCCGGAAGGCUAUUAAAGAUGCAUGAUAGUACCCAGGCAGGGUGUCCCUCUCCUCCUCCUCGCCCCAUCUUUCCCAUCCCUGUUUCUGCUACAGCAUAACGCUCUGCAGGAAGAGGGUGGCCCCAGUUCACGCCCACGCCUUCUCACACGCACACAACCUUAUGUGCACGCAUUCUCAUAAACACACACACACGCAAACACACACAUACACAUACACAUAGGGACAGACUUGAUCCCACCAGAGGCCUUUUUUACCAGGAAAUAGGGGGAGUGGUGCGGAAUGAGGGGGAGGUGUUUUUUCACCAUCUCUCUGACUCUCUCUCUCUCUUAACAGACAUGCAACCUUCAGUAGGGGUGUGGUGUCUGAGUGCUCUGUUAUGAGCAGUCCACUUCCUGCUAAAUAUUUGAUAACUUACUGCAUGGAGUCAGCAAUAUGAUGCUCACUGCAUUAUCUGUUGUGCGGAAAUGACUGUGUGUGUGUGUGUGUGUGUGUGUGUGUGUGUGUGUGUGUGUGUGUGUGUGUGUGUGCUCUUUCUGUUGGGUGGAUGGAGUCUGAUUGUGUGUACCUUUUUAUAUUUAUCUUUGUUGUGCAUCCGUGUGCAUUUUGUCUGUGUUGGUAUAUCUGUUCUCAGUCAAUGCACACUUCUGUGUGUGUCCGUGCAUGUGUGUGUAUUGUAUAGGCUGUGUUUGCGUGUGUGUUUUAUGUUGUCUCCUUGCUCUCCCUCUGUGUGUGUGUGUGCGUGCGCGCACGUGUUAACAACCCCCCCCCCCUCCCCAUACCCCCCGUACAGUAUGAUUAGUUCUGUGAAUUGGUGUCAGUUAAAAAAUUCACAUACCCCAGUGUGAUGAAAAUAAAAUCCUUCCAUGCUGAUUGUAAUGCAAAUUUGUGAGAUUACAAUAUGCUAAUAUGUUAAUUACCGAAAAGCAGCCGGUUUUGGCUGUAAUGUGGUAUUUACCAUAAGGUGUAUUGUGUACCCGUAUCACAAUAUCCCAAAUGAUUUGUGUAACAAUAUUGUUCCACCAUCGUUGAUCCAACAUCAUGCAUUACUGAGUAGUUAAAAUAUCCAAUAUGCUUUGGUUUGUGUAACAUUCCCCAUUUCAUCAUUAAGAAGUAACAGAGAAGAUGUAAUCGUACAAGACACGGACAUGCACAGUGUACGUACGCAAGCACACACGUCCCUAUUAAUCUAGACAGAUCUGAGCAGAGCUGUAGGUUUAAUAGUGUUAUUUAUGUGUGUGUACCUAAAAUCAAUGAAGACACACGUAGAUAUCACACUGAGACGUUGGCUAGCUGCAGGUUCUACGUUUAGUUUCCUUUCUCUGGAGUCUCCUCAUUAUAACAAGCUACAAUUAGAGAGGAGCGCUCUAGAUCCAGAAGUGACUUAUUCCCUGUAUGUUUCUAUAACUGGUAGGACUCAUCCUGUCUUAUCAUGUAGUGUUGAGGUUGAGUAUUUCUUACCAUUGCUUAGGUGGAGUGGAUAUUCUGCACAUAGCUCUGUUGCACCCUGAACUGAAAUGUAUAAUCAUACAACACACUGAAACACACACACUUUUCAUGCCUCUGUUGAUUUCAAUUGAACGUUUUGGAAUGUUGAAUUUGAACCUCACCAAGGGAAAAAGAUGGAGAAAAUGCUGGUCUGUCUGUCUGGUUGCAUUUCAGUGUGUGUUUACCAGCUAGGCUAGCCCUAAGGAAAAUAGUACCAGCCUUCCAUCGUCUGCACACAUGCGUAAGUGGCGUUAGUAAGCCUAGGUUUACCAUGUCUUGCAUCAGAUGUUGAGGUUGUUGAGUGUGGGGAGAAUUUAGCUAUUUUCUCCUCACGUUUUCCAGAUUGUGUGAUGCUGUGUGACACUUGUCUUUGAGUGCAUUGCAUGUGUGUAUCGCACGUUCCCUUUUCUCCCUAAAGACUAAGGAGAUGUGAGGAUAUAGAGAGAAGUUGUUCUGUGUCUGAUCGAGUGGGCAUGUGUCCCUGGUCUACUGCACUGUAAGUGUUUGGGUUGACACUUUGGAGAAGACCUUUCACUUACUCCCUGCACAGCUAUUAUAGCCAGCUUGGCACAGCGCUGUUUUUAAAAACAGAAAAUUUCCCUCUUCUCUCACGGUUGGGAUGGUACUAGAAGUGGCAGUUCAAUCUCAAUCUCCAGGGUGCAAUGAAGAGUCUCACUCUUCAAGACGUGGUACUAUUCAUCUACCAUGAAGCUAGCUAUCAUAAGGCUAGAUCGACAAAGUGCUUUCAAUUGUAUUGCACCCUUCCAUCACAUGCAUCAGCUAUGGCAUCAGUACAAAUCUCGAGAUCCUUGCCUGAAACUCGGACUUAAGUCACGUAUAGUCAUUGGGAGAUUUAGGCUGCACCAGAAUUUGAAUUAUGGCAGAACUCCCACAUUUGAAGCUCGAAAGUACAAGCACUUCAGUCAUCAGCCUGUAAAGUAUUUAUAAGGGAGUCCAUGGUACACAGCCCUGGGUGGGGAAAGGAGCGCUCCGAGGUCAUCAAAUGAAAUACCACCACCUCCACAAGCUGCCUAAGGCAGGCUGACAUUAAACCAGGUCUGGGUGGAUCUAUACCCCCAUACAGGAGUAGACACGCACACUCACACACAUACAUACACUCAGGCACAAACGUACACACACACCUUUCCAUUCCCCACACACACUGUCUCUCACACACCUUUGUAUUCAGGGCAUUGUACAGGUGAUCCAACUCCCCAGAAUGAUAAUAUCACAUUAGCCAAUAUCUGCUCCAGAGGCUGUUUGUUCAGAGUACACUGUGCUAUCGAACACCGCCGCCGCCCUGAACUUCAAAAGCUCUCCUCCACAUCUCAUUACCGGAUGAUAGCAGAAGUUUAGAGCAGUGAGAGGGAUCCAAUGACCUAAAGGUUGUUCACUCCCUUUCUCCGACCUGUACAUCCCUCUGGCCUAUUAUCUCUGUUGUCUGUUCACCUUUUCUGUUGGUUCGAUUCAUGUUCUUUUGUCUGGUCAUCUUUCUCUUGCCCUGUGUCCGUCUCUGGUUGGUUUUCCCUUCUCUCUUGUUCUGUCAUCUUAUUCUUUGUCUACUCUGACUGUUAUUUCUCUUUCCGUUGACCUCUUUUUGGCUCUUUGACUUUAUUUACAUUUUAGUCAUUUAGCGGACGCUCUUAUCCUGAGCGACUUACAGUUAGUGCAUUCAUCUUAAUAUGGCUAGGUUGGACAACCACAUAUCACAGUCAUAGUAAGUACAUUUCUCCUCAAUAAAGUAGCUAUCAGCAAAGUCAGAGCUAGUAAGAUGGAGAAAGGUCAAGUGAGAAUCUCUGUUUGUCUGUUAAUCUAUCUUUUUUAUUAGCAUUUUAUUCAGACGGGGAUAGCGUGAAAUCGUUUUGCCACCUGUCUAUGUCCGUCUGUAUCUUGUUUGUUUGACCUGUGUCUCUGUAUAGUAUAUCCCUCUAUUAGCCUCACAUCUCCAAUCCAAGUCUUCUUGUCCUCUUCCAGGUGGCAGCCAUUAACCCCAACCACCCCCUGGCCCAGAUGCCUCUGCCCCCCUCCAUGAAGAACUGUAUUCAGCUGGCCGCCUGCGAGGCCUCAGAGCUUCUCCCCAUGAACCCUGACCUCCCCGCUGACCUCUUCACCUCCUGCCUCACCACGCCCAUCAAGAUCGCCCUGCGC